AUGUCUCGAUUUGCCCCGUUCACUCGCGUCGACUUGCCAUACCGUAUCAUAAACGGAGUUCCGCUUGAGGCCACUGUUUUGGUCCCAAAGAGCAUAUUGCGUUCGCCUGGGGCUCAAGACAAAAGAUACCCAGUCAUGGUCCGCUGGCAUGGCGGCGGCUUCGUCGUCGGGCAUCGAAUGUAUGAGCCCUGGUUCGCACAGUGGUUGCUGGACCUUGCUCUUGAUCGCGAAGCAAUUAUCGUCACACCGGACUAUCGACUUCUGCCCGAAUCAAACGGGGCUGACAUACUGAGCGACGUAGCGCACUUUUGGGAAUGGAUGAAAAUGCUGCCGCAGUACAUGAAACAAAGAGCCCUCCCACGACCAGAUAUCAGCGAUAUUUUAUGCUGUGGCGAAAGUUCGGGUGGGUUUAUCUCAGUUUACUGUGCACUCCAUUCGAAUACCAUGCUGUCUCCGCAGGGCACACUCCCGGACACGGACGAGAGACAAGAGCUUGAAGAAGAAGUGAAAAUCAGGGCAGUGAUAUCGAUCUCCGCUCCCCUAGACGCCACGGCUCCGGAGUACAAGGUACCGCGACCGCGGGUCUUCAUGGGUCGAAGCCCUCCGCCGCCUAGAGAGGCAUUGGGGAAAAUCCGGGCUUAUAUCAAAGGUAUUCCUCGCGGCAGCAUUCGAACAGGGUGCGAGCCCACUUCGGAUAUGUGGGAGUUGUUAUUGUGCAUUGCUCAACAGGCAUUUUUGCCUCGCUUGUUUGGGAUGCGCUCUAGUGAAGGUAAGCCAGUCAUCGAGGGCAUGAUGGACUUGCUAGACAAAGGGGGUCACCCGAUGGCGCCUGUCUGGAUUGUACACGGAACGAAUGACACUAUGUGCCCGUUCAUUUGCUCCUCCGGAUUUGCUGCUCGCCUUCGCGCAACUCAACCGGAUGUGCCAGUGCAUCUAAGCCCCUGCCCAGGGGAGCAUCUUUUCGACAUCAACACCCGAAGAGACGCGGAUUGGGUUCGCGAAGGCACGCGAUUCCUCGACGAGCAUUGGCCACGUGGAGAAGAAGAGUGUGCGGAUGAAGACAAACGAGCAAACGAUGGGGUCCAGGCCGAGGUCACGUGGCCGCUUGCCAGGUCUGGCUCUAACACGUCUUCCCCCUUUCGGCAUUGUUUGCGUGAAGACCGGCCAGCUCAAGAAGUACAUUGCAAAGACCGCGAUGAUGAAGCCACAGCACAGGGAGGGUGCCCAGCCCAUACAAGCAAUCUCGAGCUCUUCGUCGAGAACAUCCUUGUUUGCCAGACAAGUGACUACCUUUUCGGCAUCCUGGACUUUGCCCUUGCGAACGCGCCACCAGGGGGACAAGAAUCAAUCUAUACUGAUUGUCUAGUCUAUCCAAAUCCUCUGCUGAAGGACCGCACCUCUCCAUCACUACCGACGAAUGCCGUCUCCGGGGGCGCCCCGAGAAAGGUUGGAAUCCCUGGGGCGUCCAAGCUACGCCACGCACGACUUCCAGCUAUCCCCUUGAGGUGCUCGGAAACCUGCACAGUCUUGGCUGAUCCUGACAUUCGCGCCGCUGGGUACGAUCUGUGCAACAUCGACGGCGGCUGGAAUCAAGACAACACCGACGAGUACGGCCGCGUGGUCUACAACCCAGAACUGUUCGAUUCGAUAUCCCUGCCCUCACCGAGUACCUUCACAGUAUCAGACUUAGGCUGGGUCUCUAUAACAGCCUGGUGUCCGCUGCGAUGCGCGCAACAAGACUAUCAUGGGCACCAAUAUUACCAUCGGAUGGACCUCUGGCACGAUGAGUUGAUCAAACUCUGGGCAUCCUGGGGUGUCGACAUGAUCAAGCUCGAUUAUGUGACGCCUGGAUCCAACACCGAGGGCAACGGCAUGCCCGGUAACCUCAGCGGGACCGCCAUCGCAUAUCACCGCGCCAUCGAGAGCAGCGGCCGACAGAUCCGUCUCGACCUUUCCUCUGAUGUUUGUCGCAGCGAGCCAUACUGGAGCAUCUGGUCGGACAAUGCGGACAGCAUCCGCGUCGACACCGACAUCAACAGCUACGGUAACAAGUAUGUGUUUGUCGACAUGUAUAAGGUGCAGCGGACCAUCGAGAAGUACCGCCAGUUCGUCAACCUCCAACUUCUCGAAGGCGGACCCGUCAGGCUGCGAGCGAACCUGGACCAGCUGUUCGUCGGAAGCCCAAGCAACGUGACCGGCGUGACAGACGGACAGCGCAUCACCCUCAUGAGCCACUGGAUCGGCUCAUCCUCCAACCUCCUCUUAGGCUCCGACAUGAAGAACCUCGACAAGCUCGGCAGACACCUGACUACUUCCCAGGCGUCCAUUGACGCCUCAGAGUUCUGUAGCCAGUACCCGAUGCAGCUACGGAACCCAGGCACCGGAAGUAACCAAGCAAUGCAGCUGCAAGCCUGGAUCUCUGGACCCGACGAUGAGGGCCAGGUCUAUGCUCUGUUGACAAACCUGGAUCUCAAUCUGGUUGAGGGUGGCUAUGCUACGAUUGGAACUGGGCCGCAGCUUGUGUCAAAUCACCCUUGCUGA